CAUGCACACAAACGCACACACACACUCACUCACCGAUUAUCCAUCCAGUCACACAAUCCGCCAGUCCUGCAGAGAGAGAGAGAGAGAGAGGGAGAGAGAGGGAGAGAAAAAAUUGCAGUUUAAUUGGAAAAGUAAAACAUUAACUAGCGUUCAGAUUGAUAUCAAUCUGGAAGUUCAACACAGCGCAGAUCUUUAGAGAGCGAGAGAGCGAGAGAGAGAGAGAGAAAUAAUCAGGGCAAAGGAACCGGGGGCAGAAACGUUUCAGUCUUUAACGUACAGAAAAGUUUGACCGAACUGCUAAGUUUUAUCUCCCGACCUCUCUGCUCCACUCCGCAGAAAUGGCUCAGCAGAAAAUAAAGACCGAUGAUGAAACUGAGAAAGAUGCAUUGCAGAGCAAUGGGAAGAGAGUACCCAUGCUGUGUGGAACCAAAUAUCCCCUGAGCAUCGGGUUCGUGAUAGUGAACGAGUUUUGCGAACGCUUUUCCUUCUAUGGCAUGAAAGCCAUCCUUACGCUUUAUUUCACCAGUUUCCUCCACUGGGAUGACAAUCUCUCCACCGCCAUCUACCACGCCUUUACCGGCCUGGCAUACUUCACCCCGGUGUUCGGAGCCCUCAUCGCUGACUCUUGGCUCGGGAAGUAUCGAACAAUCAUCUACCUCUCCUUAGUUUAUGUUGUCGGCCACGUGGUGAAGUCAGUGGGUGCCAUCCCCACUGUGGGCGAUCAACAACUACACAUGAUCCUGUCGAUGAUCGGGCUGUUUCUCAUCGCUUUGGGGACCGGAGGCAUCAAGCCCUGCGUGGCGGCCUUUGGGGGCGACCAGUUUGAGGAGGAGAACGUCCGUGAACGGAGCAAGUUUUUCUCGAUAUUCUACCUGUCCAUCAACGCGGGGAGUCUGAUUUCCACCUUUGUCACCCCAAUACUGAGAGCUGAUGUGCAGUGUUUCGGUGGAGACUGCUACGCGCUCGCGUUUGGAAUCCCGGCCAUCCUGAUGGUGGUGGCUUUGGUCGUGUUCAUUGCCGGAAGUCCGAUGUACAAAAAGUACCCACCACAGGGCAAUAUAUUGUUUGAAGUCUGUCAGUGUAUUGAGUUUGCAAUGACGAACCGAUGGAAGAAUCGAUCGAGAGAUAUUGCGAAGAGAGAUCAUUGGCUGGACUGGGCAGAGGAAAAAUACCCGAAACAGCUAAUCAGAGACAUUAAGAUGGUUUGCAGAGUGCUUUUCCUCUACCUGCCUCUUCCAAUGUUCUGGGCGCUCUUUGACCAACAGGGCUCUCGCUGGACACUGCAGGCCACCAGAAUGAACGCAGACUUUGGCGGAGGAUUUGUUCUGCAGCCAGAUCAGAUGCAGACCAUAAACUCCAUCCUGAUCCUUGUAUUCAUUCCAAUCUUCGAUCUGGGCAUCUACCCUCUGACCACAAAAUGUAAACUCAAUUUGACGCCGCUCAGGCGUAUGGCGGUGGGGAUGGUCCUGGCGUCUCUGGCCUUCGUGGCAGCCACCCUGGUGGAAAUCGAGACCCAGAAAUCAGUGAUAGCUGAGCCGGGAGCGAGAGAGUCUUACAUUCAGAUCCUGAACCUCAGGCCAGACCGAGUGACAGUCAAUCUCCCCGGAUACGGCCACGACUUUCCUCUCACCAUGGAAUCUUACCAGGAUCCCGAGAAGUAUGUGAAGCUGAACCUAGCCUCGGAAAGCGAGGUGCUGACCUUUGAGAUCCGGUACGGAACCCACAACAAGUCGUGCAGUCACUCCAUUAAAUCCAGGGAGUCCUACAGCUUAGUGCUGUCCCAGGAAGGCAGCAACCUGCACUGCAAACUGCUGGAAGACAUCAUUUUAAAACCCGAGAAGGGCCAGGCCAGGAUAAGGAUCCUAAACGCCCACACACAAGACAUGAAUGUCACACUUGGGCAUGUGGACUUCGGAAUGGUACCCGCCAACAUUACCAGCUCCGAGUACCAGCUUCUAGAGAGGGGAAUAUACACAGGACGAAGUAGGAUCGGUGGAACUGACUACACGUUGGAAGCCGGAUUGAUAGACUUUGGGGCGACUUAUACCUUUAUUGCUGUUGGGCCCGAGGGAAGCACAAUGGUGAUUCGGAAGACUGAAGAUAUCAAGGCAAACGUGGUUCACAUCGCGUGGCAGGCUCCUCAGUACAUCCUCAUGUCUGCUGGCGAAGUCAUGUUCUCCAUUACUGGUGUUUCCUUCUCAUAUUCGCAGGCUCCAGCGACGAUGAAAGCUGUCCUGCAGUCCGGCUGGCUCCUGACUGUGGCCUUCGGGAACGUGAUAGUGAUUAUCGUGGCCAAAGCUGCUUACAUGUCGCAGUGGGCUGAGUUCCUCCUCUUCGCUGCCCUCCUGUUGGCUGUCUGUGUCAUUUUCUCCAUCAUGGCCUAUUUCUACACCUACGUGGACUCCUCGCAGUUUAUGGACGAAGACAAAGAGGAGAAGGAAACAGCGAAGCCACCGCCCCCUGAGGACAUCCACCUCACCACGAUUGACAAACAGACAUAUAUGUAAACUCCAUACCGACCCGUUGGCUCCCUGAACUCAUCGGGCUCCAGCCUGCUCCACGUCCCCCGCCAAGACCACUCCACCAUCCACAGUCAGGCCUUCGGGCUCUCUGCCCCUAGCCUUUGGAAUCCAUCCCACAGUCUCUCUGCCUCGCCGCCUCUCUUGCCUCCU